AUGGAAUCCCAAAACCAAGAGCAAUAUUCAGCAUCAAGGCUCCUUCAUACUCAAACCCACAUAUGGAACCACAUCUUCAGCUUCAUUAACUCAAUGUCCCUCAAAUCUGCAAUAGAUUUGAACAUUCCUGACAUCAUUCAUAAGCAUGGCAAGCCCAUGCCUCUCUCCCUUCUCAUCUCUUCUCUUCAAAUCCACCCUUCUAAGUCUCAAAAUGUUUAUCGCUUAAUGCUAAUCCUCACACAUACUGGCUUCUUCUCUCUUCAAAAACUUCCCGAUGAAGCCGCAGAAGAAGGCUAUGACCUUACCGAUGCAUCGAACCUUCUUUUGAAGGACAAUCCCUCAAGUGUCACCCCUUUCUUGCUUUACCAGCUGGAUCCCAUCCUAACCAAGCCUCGGUACAAAGUAGCUAACUGGUUCCAAAAUGACGAUCCAACGCCGUUUCACACGGCACAUGGAAAGACAUAA